CUUGAAACCCAUCAAUGACAGUACAGAAGACGAGCUUAGUGUUGGCAAAGCACAGGUGCCCCUAGGAGACACAAGAUGGUCAUGUCUGGUGCCCCACUGGUGAAGGUGGGGUAGAGGACCCAUUGAAGUGCCUAGGCUGGUGGUACAAAGCUUCAGCUGCAUGAAUAGUUUUGAUAUUCCUCAUGAGACACACCCCAUCUUCUGAAACAUUUACUGUUUUCAGAUGGCGAUGAGCUGGCAGGCGGACGAGGAACUCCAGGAUCUAGAUGAGGAGCAGCUUUGGGAGAUGAUAGAGAAACACAGAUGUAAAGUUGUGCAAAAACUUUUCCCUGAGCGUCUUACCCCAUAUUUGCGCCAGGCCAAGGUCCUGGACGAAUGGGAUGAGGAAGAAAUUCUUCAAUGUACCAAGUUUACUAACCGGACAAUGAGGAUGGGUCGGCUAUUGGACCUACUCCGUACUCGUGGUAAAAAUGGAGCCAUUGCUUUCCUGGGCAGUCUAUUUCUGAUGUAUCCCAAAAUAUAUACACUUAUCACUGGCAAAGAGGCUACCUUGGAUCCCGACAGCUUCAGCAAGCUGAUAGACAGAAGCCAACUGAGUGUGUUUCUGAUGAAUGCCCUGGCCAGCUUGCAAGAGGAGCUGACACAGGAGAAACAGUUGAAAAUAUGCCUGGCACAUCACCUGCGGAAGAUGAGAGAGAAGCUUGAGCGUCUGGAGGAAGAGGGAGAAUCAAUGCGUAGUGCAGAGCAGGAGAACCAGCGGCUUCGCAAGGAGAUAGCAGAGCAGAGCCAAAUAAUGAGCAAACUGAAGGACGAGCAAUAUGAGUUGUCAAUGCGAUACUCACAUGCUCUUCAAGAGAAAGACACUAUCCAGAGCAGGAAUAACUCAUUGCAGGAGAAAUACUAUGCUGUGAUUGAGGAGCUCAACAGGGUUCGUAUAGAUCUCCAAGCGGCUCAGGGCUGGACCACCCGAGCUCAGUGUGAAGAAGAGCUGCAGAUGCUACGGAAGGAAAACAGGAACCUGAGAGACAGUAUAGAGCAAAAUGGACAGAGUAAGCUGGAGACUUUGGAUUUGAAUGUGCAAAGCACUCAGGAACUCUUGGCUCAGCUAAGCUCUGCCAGAGAGCAAAUUAAAGAGGCUGAAACCUUAGAGAAGCUGUGGCAGGAGGAGAAACGGAACAUGCUGCAGGAAUCUGAAAUCCUAAGGAAGAAGACAGACGCGUUUCACAGUCAGGUGUCUGAGCUUCAGAGCGAACGUGACCAGGCAUACCGGGCCAGGGACGUAGUCCAGGCAGAGAUUUCCCAGGUUCUGGCAAAGAAAGAUUCACUUAGACAGCAGAUCAUAGACCUGACUGACACAAACUCCAAUCUCUGGCAGCAAAUUCGAAGUCUAGAGAUACAACUCCAAACUCAUGAGAUAAGAGGAGAUUGCCAGGAUCCAUCAAGGCAGAGACAGAUUGAUCUACAUGCCAAGCACAACAGACUAGUUAGGAUGCAUGCACUUUUACCAUUGGACGAUGGAGACAAGGGUUACAGGCGCACCUUUGAUCCCUUAAAUAGUCUGAGCAAAGAGUCAACCAGUGAUCUUAAUGAGAGCUUCGGUUCCUCUGCCUCACUCCAGGAUGACUAUCUAACCUCUGAAUUCUAUAGCUGCUCCAAUGAACUUCCUGACCUCAUCCAGGGAGAGAAAGGGGAAGAGAUUGAUUCAGUAGACGAGGAAGGUCUUCAUAUGUUGUCCCACAUGGCAGUUUGUGAUCCCAAUAAUUUAUUAAGUUGCCCAGAGACGCCAGUGCCAAAAAGACGUCAUGCCCGCAGGAUGCUCAGCAGGGUGACAACCAUUGCCUUCCAAGGUGAAAACCUGCUAAAGCAGAUCUGUAUAAUUGGGGGCAACCGCACAGGCAUCUUCAUCCAUCAGGUGAUCCCCGGAUCUGCUGCUGAUGAAAUGUCACUGAUGCCAGGAUGCCAAAUUUUGGAGGUAGACUUUGAUUUUAUGAAUCCCAUUUACAAAGUGCCACUGACUGGAAUGCCCUUUGAGGAUGCCCACUGUACCUUGAACAGGGUGAAUGGAUUCUGCUGUCUGUCUGUGCGCGGCAAUAUGGAAGAAUAUCGCAAACUGCUGAAUGACAUUGAGAGCGGCUCCUGCUCUUCAGGGGAUUCAUUCUAUGUACGAGUGAACCAGUCCAUGGAAGGGCGUAUAGGCGGUGGUCUUCAGGUGACAUGUGGCGAGAUCUUGCACAUCACGGACACCAUGUUCAAAAAUCGAAGCCAAUGGUUCGCUUACAGAGUCAAUGCCUACACAAUGAAACAUGGUGAAUCAGGAAUAAUACCCAACUAUCGCCAGGCCCAGCAGCAACUAAUCACCUCCAUACAGCACAUGACUUGGCAGAAUGUUGCGCCACGCAGGCCCAAAAAGGAGGUCCAUAUAGUGAGUACGGAUCGAUGCAGCUCUCAUCUGCUGUGGACAUCGUUAGACUGUGAUGUCUGCCAGUGUGAAGGCCCCCUUAUUGGAUCAGCACUUGGGAAGAGCUGCCUCACACUGAUGCCUUACACUUUGGUCACACAUCUCAAAAUUAUGACAAAGCGACCAGUCCUGCUGGUCCCUUCACUGCUUGGCAGGAUCCUGAGUGAGAAAAUCUGCACCAAUAAAGACUUCAUGAAGUGUGACAUAGAAUGCUUGACAGAACCUGAGUAUGCAGCAAGAUAUCAGCGUGGGGAAAUUAUAGGGGAGAAGGAUGCAGAGGGAAUUCGCAGGUGCUUUACCAGGCAGAAUGUUGAAGCUGUGGCUCAACAGAAUGCUCACUGCCUCUUAGAGCUUGGCCUUUCCUGUGUCUCUGCACUGAUAAGGGUGGGAUUGUAUCCUAUCAUUCUGCACAUCCCAUUGACUGAUAAAAGCACAAAAAAACUGAAGAAACCCUUACAAUGGUGGAGAAAUUGUGAGGGUUUACUUCUGGAGUGCGCACAGCGAGAGGAACCUGAGCUAGAUGCCCUGCCCUGCUUGUAUAGGACUCUGGACCCCGACAGCUGGAGCGACACCGACUCUCUUGUGUGCAGCGUAAGGGACGCCAUUACAGACGAACAGAAGCGUAUUAUAUGGUUAGAGAAGAAUCCCUGCUGAGCACUGGACACAAAAUGUACAGAUUCUACCACUGCCUUAGAACUAUUUAUUUGUACAAUCCACCCUUAAACUAACACUUCCUAUGCCGCAUACAGCACUUUAUUUUGUAACCAAUUCACUGUAUAAACAAGAUGCACUUAGUUAUUAUUGCAUUGUACACUUGUGCUAAAAUACCAUUUGUAGUAUUGUUAGGCUUAUUUUUCCCCCAUCUUUCUUUUAUAUAUCUGUCUAUAUUUAUAUUUAGUGUUCUCCCCCUAGUGGGCAGACCACCCAACUAAAAUUUAAGCUAAUAUUAACCUAAAAUGUGCUAAAAUUAUUUUUUUAAUAUUUGUUUUAUAAAUGAUCAUUAAUAUUAAUCAUGCAAUAAAUGUGUUUUUUUGGAUAGCUUAAAUACAUUUUAUAAAUAACAGGAAACGUUAUAAUACACACACUUUUGUAUGCCCCCAAUGGAUUUGCCGACACCCUGGUUUACCUGGUUUAGACAAUAAAAGAAGAGAAGAUGGUGCAAAAAGUGUAAUAUUUAAUCGAUUUAAACAGCCCAGUUAAGUAAAUAUAUUUUUGCAGACUGCAAGUAGCUCAAAUCCAGUUACAGUUAAGGCACUUUUUUAAAGGGACACUGAAAUGUAUAUCUUUAUGUAUAGAAUAUACAGAGAUUAAGCACUGCAUUGAAGGUCUGCACACAAAAAACAUUUUUUUAAAUGCAUUAAAAACUGUAAUUUUAAAGGGACAGUAAAGUCAAAAUUAAACUUUCAUGAUUCAAUUUUGCUUCCUUCUCUUGGUAUCUUUUAUUGAAGAGUAAAAAAAGGCUCAUAAGAGCUCAGGAGCAUACUCGUCUUUAGUACUCUAUGGCAGCAGUGUUUUGCAACUGUAAAACAAAGCUACAAAUAAUGUUGCAAAACACUGCUGCAAAUUGGAAAGUUGUUUAAAAUUGCGUGCUCUAUCUGAAUCAUCAAAGUUUAAUUUUGACUUUACUGUCCCUUUAAUAUCAUAGAGUGCAUUGUUUUGCAGUCCAGGUACGUAGCUUCUUUAUUAUUGUUUAACCUUAUCAUCUUUGCUCUAUCCAGUAAGUGGCAGAUAUAAACACACCCCAACACUGGUCAAACAAUCACUGUGUAGACUGUUUUACCCCGACACUGCUCAAACAAUCACUGUGUAGACUGUUUUUACAAUCAGCAUUCAGAAUCCUGCAGGAUCCAGGAUCAAUGUUAUUUAUAAAGGCAGGCAAAGCAAAUAAUACAAAUAAAUGACAUGUUUUUACUACACGCAAUAAUCAUUUUAUAGUUUAUGGUAUUAUAAUAAAUGUAUCAAUAAAAAAUGUGGUUAACAAAA